AUGUCUACAGACCUUCUCAAGCCGCUCGCGGCAUUUUGUACGCAGUCGAUUUCUCAGCGAUAUAUCAAGACGGUCAGAAAUCUGGGCGAUCUAGCGGAACAACCUGAGCACGUAGAUUCAGCCGUGAUUGAAACGACAUUCGGCCUAAAUCUGAAAAUAAGAAAAGAUUUCAACAACAAACAACAUUUCUUCGCGAAGUUGGAUAUCCCAUCUCUCGAAACCGCAAGCCAAGACAUCCAAAGUGCAUCAAGUAGCCCUCGGUAUUUUCGCAUAUUUCCCGAUUACGGCACCGAUUUCAUCUGGCUCGAUAAGAAUGAUCCUGAAUACGACCAAUGCUAUAUUGAUCCCGAAGAUGCAUUUUCCGGCCUACCCAAGUCGCUCGCUGCCGACUACGAUGCAUGGGUAGAAACCUACACGACCAAUUUCGAGGAAAGAUUUGAGGAAACUGGAUAUUUCCCUGCGCAAACCUUCCCCACGGUGGUAGAGGAAGUUGCGUGGAAUGUUACUGGGUUUUUGCUUGCGUGGCGUAUUGUGUUGGCGCCGUAUGUGGGUAGUGUUGAGUUUGAUGGUGGUGGUCGUCGGAAGUAUCUUCUACGGAAAGGGAAAGAUGUAGAGAAUGAUAUGAUUUAUUCGUUUCUAGAGGAGCAAGCUAUGUUCUUGGAAAGGGGACACAUAUUUCAGUGA